CCUAUCUUGAUCCUUCACUUCACUUCUUCCAUUCUCUCCCUCCCUCAAAUCCCAAACCAGCAAAAACCUUUCUUCACAAAAUGGCCUCAACAACUCUAACAACCCUCACCCUCCGCACGCUAUCUUAUCCUACACCCUCCUCUUCUUACCCUACGCACCUCUCCGCCAAACCCUCCUCCCUCCAAUUCCCCAAUCUCUCCCACCGCGCCGCCACCACGCGCCGCCCCCGUGUCGUCGUCUCCGCCGUUGAGGCGCCGGAGAAAAUCACCAAGCUCGGCGACGAAAUCGCCGGACUCACGCUCGAGGAGGCCAAGAACCUCGUCGACUUCCUCCAGGACAAGCUCGGCGUCUCCGCGGCGGCGUUCGCCCCUGUGGCAGUCGCCGCGGGUGCCGGCGGCGCUGUGGCGGACGCGCCGGCGGUGGUUGAGGAGAAGACGGAGUUCGACGUGGUGAUCGAGGAGGUGCCGAGCAACGCUCGAAUCGCGGUGAUUAAGGCGGUGAGGGCAUUGACGAACCUAGCGCUGAAGGAGGCGAAGGAGUUGAUCGAAGGGUUGCCGAAGAAGUUCAAGGAAGGGAUUUCAAAGGACGAAGCUGAAGAUGCGAAGAAGCAACUCGAAGAAGCUGGUGCCAAGGUUACCAUUGCUUAAACACUGUUUAGCUGCAGCAUAUAUGUUCUGCUUCUUCUUUUGUUGGUUGUAGUUGAGUUCACCAGUACACUGUAAUUUCAUUUCCAUUUUGUCUGGAUUUCAAUCUUUUAUUUGUAAUGAGGAAAUAUGAGUUCUUAUUUUUAUAUUAUUUUUUUUAAUGCGUA